UUAGCAGUGCACGCUUUUUAGCAGCCAGCAAGCGGCUCAGCGCAUGAUGGAGGUUGAAUGCGCUUGCUGUUCCACGGGAGCCUGCGCACUGCUCCGCUAGUACACAGAGAGGGCACAGAGAAGACCAUUUUUAACAUUGAAACCAAUUCUGCCUGCCUGCCCGUUUCUUUAUCGUAUUUGUGUUUUUUUUUUCUUCUCGGUCUGCAGUGCCCCGCCACCACCACGAAAGCAAGCGGACAAUGCGCCUGCGGGCGCGUGUAGGGGACUGGAACGAUCCCUGCUCGUCCCAGUUCUAGAAGAACUGAGAUCCGUCUGGAAAGACCGUAUGGAAACAGCAUGAGGGAGAUGGUGGGUGGCUGCUGCGUUUGUUCCGACGAGAGAGGAUGGGCAGAGAACCCGUUAGUGUACUGUGACGGACACGGCUGUAACGUCGCCGUGCACCAAGCCUGCUAUGGGAUUGUUCAAGUCCCCACCGGACCAUGGUUCUGCAGGAAAUGUGAAUCCCAGGAGAGAGCGGCCAGGGUGAGAUGCGAGCUGUGCCCUCACAAAGAUGGCGCUCUGAAGAGGACAGAUAAUGGAGGAUGGGCCCAUGUGGUUUGUGCCCUUUACAUUCCCGAGGUCCAGUUUGCCAACGUCCUGACCAUGGAGCCCAUUGUCCUCCAGUACGUCCCCCACGAUCGCUAUAACAAGACCUGCUACAUCUGUGAGGACCACGGUCGAGAGAGCAGGGCUGCGUCGGGGGCCUGCAUGACGUGUAACAGGCAGGGCUGUCGACAAGCCUUCCACGUCACGUGUGCGCAGAUGGCUGGCUUGCUCUGCGAGGAGGAGGGUCUAGAUGCCGACAACGUCAAAUACUGUGGAUACUGCAAAUACCACUAUAAUAAAAUGAAGAAGCCCCGUCCAUCUGGGGGGAGCAGUGGAGCCAGCGGAGGUACGUUCUGCCACACGAGAAGGAGCUGCUCCACCUCUCCUUCCCACGAGAAGCACAGCUCCCACCAGGACAAGCCCAGAAAGAGCCACAAAGAUAAGACCCGGCAGAAAGAGAAGCACAAGAAACUCCCAGAGGGUCAGCCCGCCCUGGUACCCUCCAUCUCCAGCAGCACGGACAAGGUCACCUCCAGCCACCAUGUGAGCCCCAAGGAGAGUGUGGAGGUCAGCAGGUCAGAUGUCAAGGGGAAGAAGACCCUGAGUCAUGCUAUUGGGCACCGCAGCAGAAAGCUGGGCAGUGGGAGGAGCUCCACCAGUCCGUUCCAGCAAGGCACCUCUGUACUGCAGGACUACCUUCCCUUCUCCUCCAAACUAGAACAUCACGGGGAAGAGGAGGAGGAAGAGGAGGAGGAGGAGGAGGAGGAAGACAACAGGGAGAAGGAAGAGAAGAAGUACCUGAAACCUCCAACCCUGCCCCCACAGCCCGCUCUCUCUCCCCCUUCCCCCAUCCCGUCCCCCCAGUCGCCACGGGGCUCCCCGCCCUACGACUCCCAGCCGAGCGGCAACAGCUUCGAACCCAAGGUCACCAUCUCCACCUUCGGCUCCAUCAUGCGCUUCACAACCUCAUCGGGCCCCAUGCGGCCCCGCGACACCCCCCAGGGGGAGUGUAAGAGACAGCCCCCCGAGGAGGGACCCCGGGAGCCUGCCGUGAAGGAGAAGAAGCACCGGGGCAAUAAGAGGAGCAAACACGGCCCCGGCCGGCCUCGGGGCAGCAAGAACAAGGACAGCGACUACCAUGGCCCCCCUCUCUCCACCACCUCGGCCCUGGGACCCCCUCCCCUCCCCAGGGUGGCGCUCUCUAGCAGCAGUUACCCAGGCUCCUCCCGCGCCUACAGCCUCAGCACUGACUCCCCACUACUGGGGUCUGGAAUCUACACAAGUAACAAGGACCCCAUCUCCCUGGGUGGGGGGGGGUUGGGGGCAGGAUGCAGCACCCCCCUGUCCUCCAGCCUCCUGGGCCACCAGGGGGCGCCAUCGAUGCCCCAGCUCAGCCGCUCCUCCCUGCCAGGCACCAUCCCCACCCCCACCCCUGCCACUGUCUCCGCCACGCAGGUAAGAGUACACUGCACCUCCACCAGGGUGGCGCCACUAGCUAUCUCUCACUUUCCUAUCUAUAGGAAAGCGCUCAUUCAGACACCCGGCUCCUCCUACAGCCUCACUUCCGCUCGCAUCUUUGGAAGUCCGUUAGCCUCUGGUCUAUCCAUCAACCCGCUCAUCAGCCAAUCAGAAAGCAGCCUGCCAGAGCCUGAUUUGGAGGACUGCCGCUUCCCUUGUAGAGACAGCUCCCCGCGGGACAGUUUCUCGCCGUCUCCCAUGAGCAGCCUGCCCCUCCUGUUUGAUCAGCGGGAAGAUGCAGGGUGUCGGGGGAACGCCCCUCCCGCCAGCUCCCAAAUUGAACAGCUUCUCCACAAGCACAGCAGCGGGCAGACUGGGGUCAACAUUGUGGAGAUGCUCAAGUCCCUGCACUCCCUGCAGCAGGAGAACCAGCGGCUGCAAGACCAGAUUGUCAACCUGACCGCCAAGAAGGAGAGCCUGCAGGUCCUGAAUGUGCAGCUGGCUGUGCCCUUCCCUCCCGUGCCCUCCAGCCUGCGCCCCGUGCCCUCCUCCCAGCUGCACUUCCUCCAUGGGCACAGUGUCUGCAGCCCAGACCCCUUCAACAUCAGUAAAAGCUCUCCCACCAAGACCAGCUUCCUGAUGGAGAACUCCCUGUCUGGCUCCUCUGAGGAGCUGCAUUCCGGCUGCCCCAGUCGCAGUAGCUCCUCCCUCUCAUUCCAGAGCACCCCGCCCCCUCAACAGAGCCCCGCCUCCCUGUCUCAGCCAUUGCUCAACGGCAUGGGGAGGGUGAUGAGUGGGGCUCUGGGUGGAGGGGCUCAGUCAGCUAACCCCGCCCUGUCCAUGGUGGGGGGGCUGAUGGGGAACCUGAGUGGCAGCCCGCAGAUGUCUAUGAACGGGAUUAUGGGAAAUCUGAACGGGGUCAUCCAAACGUCAGCCACAGUGCCACAGACCCACAGCCUGGCACAGCAGAGCAUGCAGCUAGCCAACAGCCUAAACAGUGUCCAGGGGGCCGGCCUUCUCACAGACCAGCAGAGGCAGUUUCUCCUCCAGCAACAGCAACAGCAGCAGCUACACCAGCUCCUCACCUCCCAGAACUUCACUCCGGAGCAACAGGUAGUUGUGUUUCAGAUGCUUCAGCAGCAGCAGCGCCAAAGGGAACUCCACAGACUGCACCUCCCCCUCAGCACUGCCGUGAUGACAUCAUCCCCCGCCCCGCCCCCCCUCAUGGCAGGGAACUCCCCGCUCGGGGGCAGGCUGGUGACAUCAUCCCCCAACAGCCUGCUGACCCCGGCGACGGCCUCGCCCCUGCACAGCGGCCAGGGAAACCCUUUCCUGGGCCUGCACCAAGACGGGAGCCUGCAGAAAAGCGGGGAAAAGGGCUGACGCGGGGCAUCAAGAGGUCGUAGGCCAGGGAUGAAGGUUUUCAGCUUGGAGCACCAUGUGAAGAUCAGAAGCCCUGAAAGAGGCUUUAAAAGAGAGAGACAAAACAAGUGUGUGUGCGUGUGUGUCAGUGUGUGGGCGUGCGUGCGUGCGUGGCGUGAACAGACAUGCCAACAGCAGGUCUUCAGGCCACUGUCACAGUAUGUCCAGCUGUGCUGGGUCUGCUUCUAAACCAGAGGGUAUAAAUACUAUAGGCUGUGGGACAUCCCAAAGGGGUUAAGGUGAGAGUUUGUGAUGACAUGAAGGUCAGGUGUCAGUAUUAUAGACCGAUAAUAAAAAGUAAGGACUUUAAAAUGUUCUGUAUGAAUUCAGUAGGGCUGCCACUUUGGGUUCAAUGUUACAUUUCUGUUUUUGUCAUUUUAUCUGGAAAAUGCGGGCUCCCAUUCACAAAGCUCUUUAGAGUUGUUGUUUUUUAUUAUUAUUUUAAAAAGUCAAACAGCCACAAAUGUAAAUGCAAAGUUAGAUGGUGUGCAUCUGCAAAAAAUCAAAGCGUAACAGACAGACAGACAGCUGCCUCUCUAUAACUUUCCAUGUGCACUCAAUAGCUUGCAUUAGAUGUUCCACUGCUAUUAGACAAACUACUGUAGAUACGAACACCUCUAUCUAAUUCCCCACAGCCGAGAACAUCUGCAUUAGGGGCUGAUAACGUUUGCCAUCUCAAAACCAUUCUUUUAAAUACCUCCUUAGCUUUGUGAAUAGAGACUCAACUGUCUGGCUACAUUUUUACAUUUCUUCAAUCGAGAUAGGUUUCAAUCCGGCACCUUUUCUAGAGCAUUCAAUGCAUUAACGUUUGUGGGCUUUUUAAUUUCUCUUCAGUUGGGACUUGAUUCAGAGUGUCGCCACCAAUCGACAUCCAUUCAUGAAAUGUGUUGGAAUUGCAUUUCAAUUACUGAGGGCUGUUGCUCUUCUGUGUUUUGACCACCAAUGCAUCCUAGCACAAAGAGUCCAUUUACUUUACUGCCACUGUCACACACACACACAACACACACACACACACACACACAACACUUGAUACAAUUGUAAAUGACCUGCAACGUCAAAGGCAAGAGAAGGGUCAAUGUUGUGUUGAUGCAGAUCUGCCUGCCUUUGAACAGAUGGCAAAUACAACAACCAAGAAUGAUACUAAUUAAACAUGACUGCUACUUCAAUGUAGCCUGUUGAAACACUUCAGAUGGUUGUGUAGCACCAUGCAUUUGCUAAAUAGAAUUACUGUCAUCCAUUCAUUCAUAAAUUCGAAGCAUUGUUUGUGUUAACCCUUUAUCUCCGGGGGGGGGGGGUAAAGGGAUCAUGUUAGAUCUGUUCAAUUUUUAUUUGUUAUGUUUUGUAUUUUAAUUUAUUGAUUUAGCAUCAUUUUCACUUUUUUUCUUUUUUAUAUUGGAGCACUUAAAAUGCAGACCUUAGGAAGUCGUGGAGACACUGAUGCUGGAAGUUGCUGAAUCCGUUUAAAUUGGUACAGUGUGUAGAUCAAGGGCUUUUUGAUUGUACUGGUUCAGUGAAAAAAUUAAAGCCACCUUUUCAUCUUGCA